AUGAUUAUGAAUCCAUCCUUAAAGCAAUCAGAAACUCCAGAACAAAAUGAACUGGAGUUGCUAAAAUGGUUGAAAACCAAACCAGAAUUACAAAACAAACCAAAAUUAAUACUUAAUGCCAUUGAUGAAUUCGCCAAAACACAUAGAUUGAUAAAUAUAGGUCCAUCAAAAGGUUCUCUAUUAGCUGAAGAGAUUUCAAAAGUUGAACCAGAAGUGUUGGUUGAGUUAGGUACACACACUGGUUACUCAUCAAUAUUAAUGGCCAAUGAGUUGAAAAAAAUUGGUUCACCAACUUCAAAGAUAUAUACUUUUGAAUUUAAUGAAACCUUUUACAAGAUAAGUUCAGAAAUCAUUAAACUUGCAGGUCUUGAGGAUAAAAUUGUCCAAAUUUUGGGUAAGGCAAGUGAUAGAAUCCAGAAAAUUUAUGAAGAAGAAGAUACCAGUAUUGAAAAAAUUGAUUUCUUAUUCAUUGAUCAUUGGAAAUACUAUUAUCUACCAGAUUUAAGAAUAAUUGAAACAAUUGGAUUGAUUUCAUUAGGUACCACUAUAUUUGCAGAUAAUGUUAUAAAACCUGGUGCUCCAGAUUAUGUUGAAUAUGUUAAUUCACCACCAAUUUUCAAGAAUGAGUAUAAUACUAAAAAUGUUAACAUAAAUGCGCCACAUUAUCCUGGUAAAUGGGGGUUAUUGUAUGAUUCCAAAACAGUGGAGUCUGUUACAGGAAAUGGUGAAAAAGAUGGUGUUGAAAUAACUAAAUGUGUUGGAAUUCUUGAUGCUUGA